AUGGACUCUGAACGCUCAACACCGGCAUACGACAACAUACGCUCACCAGCAUCACAGGAGCGGGAACGUAGCGUCAAGGUCGAGGGCAACCGUGGAGCCGUCAGGAGUAUAGGAGAGAUUCUGAAUGCAGACCGUGAGGGGUCAACGGCGUCUUCAGCGACCGGUGUCACAAACCCCCUGGCUGACCUCUCCAAGGCAGAGCUCGUCGCAAUGCCCAUCCGAGGAUAUCUGGACCAGGCUGUCCUCCCCGUCUUGCUGGAGGGCAUGAAGCAGCUCGCAAAAGAGAGGCCGCAGAACCCUUUGGAGUACCUUGGACAUUACCUUCUCAACCAUAGCGACACCAUUGGACGAUCGCCUGGGCCUUAG